AUCCACAAACUUCACUACACCAUAACAACCUCUUAUCUCCAAAACCAGAAUUUAUAUGGAUAAAUAGAUAUAGAUAGCGUUUCAGCUUCUACUGAGACAAACCCAAAACCAGAAGCAACCAACAAUGGCAACAUGUACUUCAUCACCAUCUUCUCUCAUGCUAACAUACGGCGCAUCCACAGUACACCCGCAGGACCUAACCCCAUCACUCCUCUCUUUCAAACCAAAAACUUUCUUUUUAAAUCCAUUAGCUUUGGGUUCUAAUGGAGAUAGAAAAUCAAGCAAAAGUUUCAAUUUUUAUACACAAAAAGAUGCAAAGAUUGGAACUUGUGGAGGCGGUGGCGGUGUUGUUGUGGCUGCUGCUUUGGCUGCAGAGGCAGAAGUAGCUGAUGAUGUUGAGGAGAGAGAAGAGGGCGGUGAUGUGGCUACUGCUACAGUUGCUGCUCCCUCUAAGCCUAAGAAAGGGAAGGCUGCAUUGCCCUUGAAGAGAGACAGAGCAAGGUCCAAGAGAUUCUUGGAAAUUCAAAAGUUGAGGGAAAACAAGCAAGAAUAUGACUUACAGACAGCAAUAUCUUUACUAAAGCAAAUGGCAACUUCAAAGUUUGUUGAAACAGCUGAAGCUCAUUUUCGUCUUAACAUUGAUCCCAAAUACAAUGACCAACAGCUCCGAGCAACUGUAAAUUUGCCCAAGGGAACUGGACAAACUGUUAAAGUGGCAGUGCUUACACAAGGUGAAAAAUUCGAUGAAGCAAAAAAUGCAGGAGCAGAUAUGGUUGGUGGGGAGGACUUGAUAGAACAAAUAAAAGGAGGAUUCAUGGACUUCGACAAAUUAAUUGCAUCUCCAGAUAUGAUGCCUAAGGUUGCCAGCCUAGGUAAGAUUUUGGGACCACGUGGACUCAUGCCAAAUCCAAAAGCUGGUACUGUUGCAACGAAUAUCCCUCAGGCGAUAGCAGAGUUCAAGAAGGGAAAAGUUGAAUAUAGAGCAGAUAAAACUGGGAUUGUUCACAUACCUUUUGGAAAGGCAGAUUUCUCAGAAGACGACCUGCUUGUAAACUUACAUGCUGCAAUAAAAUCAAUAGAAACAAACAAGCCAUCAGGUGCGAAAGGCGUGUAUUGGAAGAGUGCACACAUAUGCUCGUCAAUGGGGCCUUCAAUUCGGUUAAAUAUAAGGGAGAUGCUGGAGUACAAGCUUCCAUCAAAUGUUUAAAUAAAGCUAACACCUGUAAAUGAUUUCGGCUAAGCAUCUUCUUCAGGACUUGCCAGUGUUCAGUAAAAAUGUUAGGUAAAAGUUAGGAAGAAUAGAGGCAACUUUGAUUGUUAAUUUUGGUUAGUCAUCAUGGAUAUUCUGAGUAAUCCUUGCUGGUGACCCAAAAUCUUGUAUGCGAUCGAUAUUAUCAAUUUUAGUUACUUUGAUCACUAGGAAUUGCUCCCGGACCAUAUUUUCAAUUUUAUUUGCACUUCUCAAUGAGGAUUUUCAAUUUCAA